AUGCUCACCCGCCCACGAGAUCUCUUCAUGGCGACUCCGCACGGCUCAACAAGGACUCAUUUGCUCUCGAAUGAGCAAAUCUUACUGAGUUAUGCGGCAGAUGACGUGCAAGAUAUCGUGACCUUGUCUGAAAGAGAAGAGUUGGUGCUGCAGCUGGCCAGACAAGUUCAGGAACAAAAGUUGGAGAAAGCUUUACUUGAGCAAGACCUCGAAUCAUUAUCUGGGGACGAUGUUGACGAACAGCUUGCGAUCGCGGAACGCGAAUUUCUGGAGGCGCGUGCUUCAUACACAGUUCGAAGCAAAGCUACGCGCACCGUCUUGAUGACCGACCCCAUACUCAAAGCCGUUCACUCAAAGGCAACCAUUCCUCCAGAACGCGCUCUAUUUCAUUUGGUCAACCGGCGUGACGUACUCGCUCUCGCCCAAGAAAACCUCUCGUCCGCUCAUAAUUUGAUUCUCAAGCAAUUGGACGAACUCAAGGUCGCCAACCUGAAAAUCAACCAGGAAAAUCAGGAGCUAGUGCGCGAGCUCCUUGAGCUCACCAAAGACGACUCAUCGUGGCGAGAGCGGCUUGAGGAUACUAAUCUCAAAUCGCAGCUAGACCAGCUGGAGAAAGAGUACCGAAGGAGCAAGGCGAAAUGGGACACAAUGAAGAAUAUAGCCAGUGCUAUCGUCGUCAGCAGUGGCCUCGAUUGGGCAAAUGACGAUACGCUUCGCGCACUAGUGCUGGACGAAAGUGAUGAUUGA